GACCUUCUCUUCUUUUGAGUUUCGGACUCGUCCGAAUAGCGCUGUCUCGGGCUCAUUGUUCCGUCGCUGCGCGGAGGAGUGAUGGUGUCCAUGGUGCGGGUGAGAGCAGCAAAGCUGGCGCUCUGACGAAGCUUCGGCGAGGUGUAACGCGGAUCGGUCGUGUAGGCGCGGGAUGGGGAUGGACGUUGCGGAGGACGAGAGGAGGAGGAGUGGAGGUGAGAGUUGUUAGUGGAGUGAGUAGCCUGAAUGUUACUGUAAACGGCGGCGGCGUCGAAGGAGAAGGGACGAGUUUGGCGACGGGUGAAUGUUGGUGUAAGCAUGGGCAGAGUCGACGGGGUUGGAGGAGAGGAUGUGGUUGUUGUUGUUGUUGUUGAAGUCGGAGGGGACACGGCGGGUGGGUCCAGCAGAAGAGGGUUGGUGGUGGGUGUAGUGGUGGGUGUGGUUGUGGUUGUGGUUCUGGUGGUUCUGGUGGUGGUGGUGGUGGUAGUAGUGAGGGUGGUUCUGGGUCUGGGUCUGGGUCUGCUGGUGCUGGAACUGGCUCUGGUGCUGCGGAAGCGGGCUAGCUAUGACGGGGCUCGGGGCAGAAGGAGAGCGGCUAUUAGGGUCCAGGGAUCCGGGGAAAUGUGCAAUCGGAGGCUUCUUGGACAGUUUCCUGGGUUUCUGCGAGUGCGAGGAUGCGGUGGAGGACAGCGAAGAAGAAGAGUCGGCCAUGAUGUGUGUGUGGAUGUGAAUGAAGCUGGCCCAGCAGUCCUGAAGCGACGGGGCUGCUUGGUCCAGACAGCGACGGCGGCACUGACACUGACUGACUGACUGACUGACUGACUGACAGGCCGUGUCCAGUUGGUACGACAGCGGACAAGGCGAGUGGAGACUGAGUGAGUGGACAGUUGGUGCGGCCUGCAAAUGGAUCUAAUCAAUCAACUGGAAA